UCAUUCACUAAUGUCCCUUUCUUUGUUGAAGUCAAUAGCCCAAACCAGAAGGUACAAAAUAAGAGAGUCAAGUUUUCUCGAAGAAGACAUCGCUUUUACCCUAAAGUUGCCUUUAAUCUCAAGAAUUGACUUCCUUCAAGCAUUAAGAAGACUUUUGGCACACUAGCACAAAAGUAAAAAGAUAUUAGUCCAGCUGCUUCCAAACGAUACUUCUAGACAAAUCGGAUCGAAGAGGAAUUCCAUGUCCACAGCGAAAGGUGCUCCACUAGAUCUCAAAAAUAAAAUCAAGCUCCCAAUCUGUGCUAAAGCAAAGCUACUGGUCAGCAGAAAUAGGAAAAAUAUUCCAAAAUUUGACACAAUGGAAAUUGUUAAAUUAAAAGACAUGAUGGCCAAAGAAGACAAACACCUUGAAACUUUUGACGCUAAAAAUGAUACUAGCGACUUAUUAAUAGAUGGAAAUAAGCAACUUCUCAAUCAAAAGCCUAGAAUUGAGCGCCAAAGUAGAAAAGUAGUGUUUCAUUCAACCAGGACCAAAUUCUAUAGCCCAGUUUGGUUUAAAAGCCCGAACAUAUUUCUAAAGUCACCAAAACCUUCAUCAAAGCCAUUGAAAUUAUUUAAAAAUAGCCAAAAUUUUAUGAGAAAGCCUAAGCAUAAGCGAGGAUCAAUGGCCUCAUCAAAUUGUAGCAAGAAGACGAGAGAAGAAGCAAAGGGUUUCCAAGGGAUUGAUUCCAGGAAGUUCUUCGCUGAUUUAUCCAACAUGGGAGAACUAAAUGAACUACAGAAUAUCAAAAAGAUCAACUUUGUUGAUGGAUCAGCAAAUAAGAUCCUUGAGAGGGAUUACACAAAGAACGCAUUAGGAGAUUUACUCAAGAUUUCACAUUUUCUGAAGGACCAAGACGCUCUAUUCCAAAAGAAUUAUGGAAACAGGUCAUACAAGCAUCCUCGAAAGAGCUUCUAA